CUCUCUCUCUCUCUCUGAAGGAAAUGUUUUCCUUUUUAAUCGAUCGCGUCGUUUCACACCGUUUGCUAUUUCAAGGAUUCAGUUUUGUAUUCUUUUUAUCAGAUCCGAGAUCGGUGGGGAAACGUUUUUCCGUGAAGCCAUGGCUCUGAUCUUGCAUACUGGGAACAGGAACAAAAAUGCUUACAAGGCACUCAUUGCUGCGGAGUACACUGGUGUGGAAGUGGAACUGGUCCCAGAUUUUGAGAUGGGUGUCUCUAAUAAAACUAAAGAAUUUCUCAAGAUGAACCCUAUCGGGAAGGUUCCUGUGCUGGAAACACCUGAUGGCCCUGUCUUUGAGAGCAAUGCUAUAGCACGUUAUGUUACUCGCCUGAAGGCUGACAAUCCUCUAUUUGGUUCUUCCCAUGUUGAUUACGGCCAUAUAGAGCAGUGGAUUGAUUUUGCAUCAUUGGAAAUUGAUGCUAAUCUCUCGUCUUGGUUUAGACCUAGAAUGGGCCGCGCUAUAUACCUCCCUCCGGCCGAGGAAGCUGCAAUAUCUGCAUUGAAGAGAGCACUUGGUGCUCUGAACACUCAUCUUGCUUCCAAUACAUACCUCGUCGGGCAUUCUGUGACCCUGGCUGAUAUUGUUAUGACAUGUAACUUAUACUCUGGGUUCACCCAGCUCAUGAUUAAGAGCUUUACGUCUGAGUUCCCUCAUGUGGAGAGAUACUUCUGGACCUUGGUUAAUCAGCCAAAUUUCAAGAAGAUUCUGGGUGAGGUGAAACAGACCGAGUCUGUGCCACCUGUUGCAUCUGCAAAAAAGCCUUCUCAACCAAAGGAAUCUGCUAAGCCAAAGCUUAAGGAUGAUUCAAAGAAAGAAGCCAAAAAGAUGGAGCCGCCAAAGCCCAAACCAGAAGCUGGCGAGGAAGAGGAGGCCCCAAAGCCCAAACCUAAGAACCCUCUAGAUCUGCUGCCCCCGAGUAAGAUGAUCCUGGAUGACUGGAAGAGGCUUUACUCAAACACCAAAACCAACUUCCGCGAGGUUGCUAUUAAAGGGUUUUGGGACAUGUACGACCCUGAGGGAUACUCUCUUUGGUUCUGUGAUUACAAAUACAAUGAUGAGAACACUGUUUCCUUUGUAACACUGAACAAGGUCGGUGGAUUUCUUCAGAGGAUGGAUCUAGCUCGCAAAUAUGCUUUUGGAAAGAUGCUAGUGAUAGGUUCUGAGCCACCAUUCAAGGUGAAGGGGCUGUGGCUCUUCCGUGGGCAAGAAAUUCCACAAUUUGUGCUCGAUGAGUGCUAUGACAUGGAGCUAUAUAACUGGAGGAAGGCAGAUAUUGCAGAUGAAGCCCAGAAGGAGCGUGUCAAUCAGAUGAUUGAAGAUUAUGAGCCUUUUGAGGGCGAGCCUCUUCUGGAUGCCAAGUGUUUCAAGUGAAUUGAUCCCAAUCCUUGGCUAGAAAGUUGUGCAUUUAUUGUGCCUUUUUUUUUAGCUGGUAGAGUUUUUCUUCUUUGUAUUUAAAACAGAGCGAAGUAUGCUAGACUUUUUGUUCUUGAGUGGCCUAUUAUUUAUAGAAUAGUGUUACAUGUACUUGCAAUUUUACUUAUAAGAUUCAUUUUGUUAAUUUUAUUUUGAAA